AUGGAAUAUCACCAACAAACCACAUUGUAUCCCAUUGCCGAAGAGAUUACGCCUCAAGACCAUCAUAUCCUACGGCAUGGCGGCACCUCCUCUAAUAUUGAACGACUUCCUUCACGCCUACGGCAAUCAAAGUCUCCACCGAGGAGUCUAAAGAAACAGGUCGAGGACAUGGCAUAUGAGGUUAGCUACUUAAAAGCCGAGCUCUUGUGGCACGCGGAAACCAAGCAAGCUCUGUUACAGUUCCAGGAUCAGAUGUACGACAUAUUCAAUAAAAUGGAGGAUGCUCUAGUCCAAGUUAAUGUUCGGCUCCGUGACGCCGAGAACCGCUACUUAGAAAUCUGGGGAUUGAAUGGCCGCGAGUGCAGAAGUGGAGAGAUGAUCUAA